UCCAAGAACAAGUAGUCGUCGAUGGAGAAUGCAUCACUCUUUUCUCCGGCGAACCCGCAUUUCUUCCAGCCCCUUCUUACCGGUUUCCAAAGCCAUCUCAUAAUUCCUGUGAAGUUCUUCUCCAAGCAUAUAGAGGGAAAACACGAGGGUAAGACUGUUAAACUGAGAUCAGAUUCUUCGGACAGAACAUGGAAAGUGAAGAUGGAAGGCCAUAAGCUCACUGAAGGUUGGAAAGAGUUCGCCAAGGCACAUGAUCUUCAAGUCGGUGACGUCGUUAUCUUCAGACAGGAAGGAGACAUGUUGUUCCACGUUACUGCUUUUGGAACCAGUUGCUGUGAGCUACAAUACGUACUGUCUGGUAGCCACGACGUCAAAGAAGAGAGUGACGUAAUUGGUAUAAUGAAAUCAUCAUUCAGAGAAUCUUCAAGAAGAGAGAAAGAAUCUUCGCCCAGUCUAACAUGUUUUAACCAAACUGUGACGGCUGGAAGUCUAUCAAAUGGAGCAGUGGGUGUGCCUUUAGAUUUCGCAAGACGAAAUGGUUUUAACAAAGGGGGGCAUAAGGUAGUGUUGAUGAAUCAAGAAGGAGAGUCAUGGGAAUCAGAAGUCAAGUGUAAGAGGUCUGGUCAGGUUUUCAUAUGUCGAAGUUGGAGAAUCUUUUGCACUGCAAGUAGAUUAGAGGUUGGUGAUUCUUUACAGUUUAAACUGCUCCAAAACACGGAAACGCCUGUGUUUCAGCUCAGCAGCCACUUAAAGCCUAGGUUUGUUACUAUAACUCCUUCAGCAAGCAACCUCGAGAUUGGUAAACAGUAUCUACCGGUACAUUUCACGAGAGCGAACAAGCUCGACAGGCCGGGGAAGAUAGUAUUGGUAGACAAAGACAAAGUGGAGUGGUCGAUGAAACUUAAGGCGGAUAUAAGAUCUACGUAUAUUAUGGGUGGUAAGGGUUGGAAAAGUUUCUGUGCAGCGAAUGAAGUAGUCGCAGGAGAGUCUCUAACUCUGGAGUUGAUCCGACGUGGGAGAAUUCCUCUGCUCAAGUUUUGCUCCAAGAUGGAGCAACCACCGUUCAAAACAAAGACUCGAGAACGCAAGAGAACUCGAGUUCAGAGACUGAGCCAGUAGAGAAGAUCGAAGCAUGAC